GUCAUACGUACACCUACAAAAACACAACUACACAACUCCUCUCAGAAGUUGUCCACAACUGUGCUUUUGAGUGUACUUGCCCGUUGUGUUUGGUUCAUGUAGUCUGGAGAAACCCUAAUUCAGUUUUUGGUUGAACAGAACUUUUUUUUUGUUAAAGCAACAAGCAGGAGAUGCAACAUGACUUUAAUUGGACUGUCGUUUUUUGUUCUGGCUUUAUGCAGCUUCUUCACUGUCCAUAGCAGGCCGACAGGUGCCUACCUGCGCAACAUCGACAGCUUCAUCCGAGCCGUGGAGCAGGUGGAGGACUCCAACCCUGGUCUGUCCCCCCUGGCUCUGGUCCGGGCCCUGCGGAGGACCGCCGGCAACGAUGACGUGAUGACCGUCCAUUUUUUGGGUGCCUCGUAUAAUCUCACUGAUGCGGAGGUUCUGGAGACAGCCAUUCUCAAUGCCUCAUCCUUCAGCUUCUUUGACAAGGCCAUCCACCACAUUGUGACAGAUUACGGAGAGGAACGUGGGGUGGUUCUCGCUCCAGAUGGGACCACGUUAGCACUUGCACCCUUACUGCUGGGAAUCGAAUCGGGACUGAAAGCCAAAAUGGAGGGGACGCCAGCUGUUGGGCUCUUCCCUCUCACUUUAGGCAGGACGCUGGGCUUGUCCUUCCUCAGCCUCAAGGACUUCCCGCCAUCUUUUCGCCUGGGGCCGAACGGGUGCUGGGACAAUGUGGACCGUCCUAAAUUGUUCAAGCUGUCUCGGCCUGCCACACUGGCCACUGACGCUGUUAUUAAUGGCGGCAUGGAUGGAGCUAUACUGGGCAUGGACUUCAGCAACCUGCCGGCAUCAGAGGAGCCGCAUGCCCUCAGUGAGGUUUUGAAAGGAUACUAUAGUUUUAUUCUGCAGGAGGGGCAUGGUCUUGAUGCUGUGACCAGCCAUGUCAGCGCGAGGCGAAGGGAGAUCUCUCGAUCUACUCUGGAGCCACUCGAUCUUUACAGCCAAGUGAUGGAGACACUAGCCUUAGUCUGGAAGUUGGAGAAGACAGAAUGGAUUGCUCUGGACACCGAAGUGGGGAAGGCAGUGAUGGAUGGACUACAGACGUUUGUGCACAAGUACUGGGACUGCCCUCAAAUCAUCGCUCGCUGUCAGUGGGGGGCAAAAGCCCACCAGGGUACACCUAUCCCUCUGUCUCUGCCCCUCCAAUUUCUCUAUGUUCACCACACCUAUCAGCCUUCCUCUCCCUGUUUAUCCUUCCAAAACUGCUCUCGCGACAUGAGAAGCAUGCAGCGUUUCCACCAGGAAGAUCGUGGUUGGAGCGACAUCGGAUACAGCUUCGUGGUGGGCUCUGACGGCUACGUCUAUGAAGGCAGAGGUUGGAAACACCUCGGGACACACACCAGAGGGCACAAUGCCAUCGGGUACGGCGUGUCAAUCAUUGGUAACUACACUGCCGCACUUCCGUCUCGCCAUGCCUUGGACCUGCUGCGCCAUCGUCUCGUCCGAUGUGCAGUGGAAGGAGGAUGGCUGGUGGCCAAUUUCACCAUCCAAGGCCACAGACAGGCGGCGACCUACACCUCCUGCCCUGGAGACGCCCUCUUCUCAGAAAUAAGAGGCUGGGAACACUUUGGGGAAUGACUGGACCCUCACUGCCAGUUUGAUAUUCUCAAACAUCAUUAAUGGCUCGUCAGGAUAUGAUAACUGCCAUAGCUGUGGUUUUUUAUUUUUCUUAAUUCUUUCAACGAGUUGUAUUGUUCUUGGAUGACCGUGGACUAGUUUAGUUUUACCAUGGGUUUAAUAGAGAGCUCAUUCAGGUGUGGGUCCCCUGAAAGGGCUUCACAACUAACACUAUCAAUGUACUUUGACCCAGCGUACACCAAAGAUACAAAGGUCACCAGGAUGUCAUGUGCAGUGAACCGUCUUGUUAACAUCUUUGAAUAUAUAUUCACCUUAGUUGGCAGAUGUUCACAGUAUGAAACUUUGAAUUUUUUGAAUCAGGGUAAUCAGUAUGAUAGAGUUUUAUAGGGCAAAUAAAGCAUGAAUAAAUAUAUUUCUAAUUAUG